AUCUACUUGAAAUCAUGAUUACUACUCGCACCAAAAACCUCGGUGGUAGAAUGGACUUCCACCGGGGCGGUUCAGUGGCUGGCGCAACCGCUGAAAAACUCAGUGAAAAGCCUCAUUUUCACAACCUUUACUCCAAGCGUUUGAUGACCGUGGAGACGGCUCGGAAAAAAAAUGCUCGUUUAAGGGAUGAUGUGCAAACCAUUAGAAGAAGACUCCGGUCUAGCAAUCUUGUUAUGGUGGAUGGCAAAUAUGUUGAAUCUGCUCAUAAGGUUAUAAAGGAGCCAGUGACAAGAGAUUUGUACCUUGUUCCUCAAGCUAAUGAAGCUAAGAAAUCAGGAUUAGGGGUUGCGAUUUAUGAUAAGAAAGAUAAUCUCGUGCUUAAGACUGAGGGACAAGUACAAGACGACUGCAUGACCCUCAUGGGAAGAAGAACUAUUUAUCCUCUUCAUAAAGCCAAGGCAGAAAACGAGAAAGAGUCUUGUGUGAUCUGUUUCGACGACGACAUUGAUUCUGAUCUCAUGUUUUCUGUUGAUACAUGCGGUCAUCGGUUUUGUGUAAAUUGUGUGAAACAGCAUUUAGCGGUGAAGCUGCUUGAUGGAACUUUACCUAACUGUCUUCAGCACGGCUGCGCUAAUCAGCUGUCUGUUGAUAGAUGUAGCAAGCUUUUGACUCCGUACAUGAGUUUGAAGUGGAAAGAGAGGACAAGAGAGGACUCAAUUCCUUCCAAGAAUAGAGUUUAUUGUCCUUACAAAAGCUGCUCUUACUUGAUAUCCAGAACCGAGCUUGUUCUAGUUUCUGUAUUUGGACAUAGGAAAUGCUUGAAAUGUGGUCGGUCCUUCUGCUUAUACUGCAAAGCUCCAUGGCAUAGUACGCUAUCGUGCACCUAUUACAAGAAGUUGCAUCCUGAUAUUCAAAAUGCAAACCUGAUUUCUCUGGCAAAUCGUAAUGGGUGGCGUCAAUGCGGCAAGUGCAACCACAUGGUUGAACGCUCUUACGGAUGCAGCCACAUGCUUUGUGUGGAUAUAAUUUUUGCUACGACUGUGGAGCUGGCCUGAACAGCUCAUUGGUCCAUAGAUGUCACAUUUCCCGGGAUGAUCACGUUGCGCACCCAAGGACUAUGAUGGUAAAUGAUGAGGCUUGUGUACUUCUAGUUACUUUUUGUGCUUCCAUAUGCUUCUUGUGUUUCCUAUAUAUUGUAUAAUGCUUUGGGUUAAGCACAAUGAUUAAGAGAACUCAAUUUUCUCUUACAACUUAAAAACACUUUUAAAGAUAUAAAUUAAAACUAAUUCAACCAACUGGUUAAACAGUUUUCAAUAAAAUCAAAGUUAAUAUAGAUUUGUGAGUAUCUAUUUAGGAUAUUUAGGAUAA